AUGUUUUAUGUAUGGGUAAGCAAGAUGUUUAUCACCAUCACAAGAAUCACCAUCACCUCUAUCACCAUCUCCAUCACUGUUAUCAUCACUACCAUCGUCACCAUCUACAUUACCACCAUCAUUACUACCUCUGUCACCAUCUCCUUCACCAUCUUUACCACCAUCAUCACCAUCACCAUCACCACCAUCAUCACCACCUCUGUUACCACCUCCAUCAGCACCUCCAUCACCAUCAUCAUCACCACUUCCAUCACCACCAUCAUCACCACCUCCAUCAGCACCUCCAUCACCACCAUCUUCACCACCACCAUCACAACCACCAUCACCACCAUCAUCACCACCUCCAUCACCACCAUCACCACCACCUCCAUCACCACCAUCAUCACCACCUCCAUCACCACCAUCACCACCACCUCCAUCACCACCAUCAUCACCACCUCCAUCACCACCAUCACCACCACCUCCAUCACCACCUCCAUCACCACCAUCAUCACCACCUCCAUCACCACCUCCAUCACCACCAUCAUCACCACCUCCAUCACCACCUCCAUCACCACCAUCACCACCAUCAUCACCACCUCCAUCACCACCAUCACCACAACCUCCAUCACCACCAUCAUCACCACCUCCAUCACCACCAUCAUUACCAACUCCAUCACCACCUCCAUCACCAUCAUCAUGACCAUCACCACCACCAUCACCACCACCAUCACCACCACCUCCAUCACCACCAUCACCACCAUCAUCACCACCUCCAUCACCACGAUCAUCACCACCAUCUUCACCACCUCCAUCACCACCAUCACCACCACCUCCAUCACCACCAACACCACCACCUCCAUCACCACCUCCAUCACCACCACCAUCACCACCUCCAUCACCACCACCUCCAUCACCACCAUCACCACCACCUCCAUCACCAACAUCAUCACCACCUCCAUCACCACCUCCAUCACCACCAUCAUCACCACCUCCAUCACCACCUCCAUCACCAUCAUCAUCACCACCUCAAUCACCACCUCCAUCACCACCAUCAUCACCACCAUCAUCACCACCUCCAUCACCACCAUCAUCACCACCAUCAUCACCACCUCCAUCACCACCAUCAUCACCACCUCCAUCACCACCAUCAUCACCAACAUCAUCACCACCUCCAUCACCACCUCCAUCACCACCAUCAUCACCACCAUCAUCACCACCAUCAUCACCACCUCCAUCACCACCAUCAUCACCACCUCAAUCACCACCUCCAUCACCAUCAUCAUCACCACCUCCAUCACCACCUCCAUCACCACCACCUCCAUCACCACCAUCACCACCACCUCCAUCACCAACAUCAUCACCACCUCCAUCACCACCUCCAUCACCACCAUCAUCACCACCUCCAUCACCACCUCCAUCACCAUCAUCAUCACCACCUCCAUCACCACCUCCAUCACCACCAUCAUCACCACCAUCAUCACCACCUCCAUCACCACCAUCAUCACCAUCAUCAUCACCACCUCCAUCACCAACAUCAUCACCACCUCCAUCACCACCUCCAUCACCACCAUCAUCACCACCUCAAUCACCACCUCCAUCACCAUCAUCAUCACCACCUCCAUCACCACCUCCAUCACCACCAUCAUCACCACCAUCAUCACCACCUCCAUCACCACCAUCAUCACCAUCAUCAUCACCACCUCCAUCACCAACAUCAUCACCACCUCCAUCACCACCUCCAUCACCACCAUCAUCACCACCUCAAUCACCACCUCCAUCACCACCAUCAUCACCACCUCCAUCACCACCAUCAUCACCACCAUCACCACCACCAUCAUCACCACCUCCAUCACCACCAUCACCACCAUCAUCACCACCUCCAUCACCACGAUCAUCACCACCAUCUUCACCACCUCCAUCACCACCAUCACCACCACCUCCAUCACCACCAACACCACCACCUCCAUCACCACCUCCAUCACCACCACCAUCACCACCUCCAUCACCACCACCUCCAUCACCACCAUCACCACCACCUCCAUCACCAACAUCAUCACCAUCAUCAUGACCAUCACCACCACCAUCACCACCACCAUCACCACCACCUCCAUCACCACCAUCACCACCAUCAUCACCACCUCCAUCACCACGAUCAUCACCACCAUCAUCACCACCUCCAUCACCACCAUCAUCACCACCAUCACCACCACCUCCAUCACCACCAACACCACCACCUCCAUCACCACCUCCAUCACCACCACCAUCACCACCUCCAUCACCACCACCUCCAUCACCACCAUCACCACCACCUCCAUCACCAACAUCAUCACCACCUCCAUCACCACCUCCAUCACCACCAUCAUCACCACCUCAAUCACCACCUCCAUCACCAUCAUCAUCACCACCUCAAUCACCACCUCCAUCACCACCAUCAUCACCACCAUCAUCACCACCUCCAUCACCACCAUCAUCACCACCAUCAUCACCACCUCCAUCACCACCAUCAUCACCACCAUCACCACCACCAUCAUCACCACCUCCAUCACCACCAUCAUUACCAACUCCGUCACCACCUCCAUCACCAUCAUCAUGACCAUCACCACCACCAUCACCACCACCAUCACCACCACCUCCAUCACCACCAUCACCACCAUCAUCACCACCUCCAUCACCACGAUCAUCACCACCAUCUUCACCACCUCCAUCACCACCAACACCACCACCUCCAUCACCACCUCCAUCACCACCACCAUCACCACCUCCAUCACCACCACCUCCAUCACCACCAUCACCACCACCUCCAUCACCAACAUCAUCACCACCUCCAUCACCACCUCCAUCACCACCAUCAUCACCACCAUCAUCACCACCUCCAUCACCACCAUCAUCACCACCAUCAUCACCACCUCCAUCACCACCAUCAUCACCACCUCCAUCACCACCAUCAUCACCAACAUCAUCACCACCUCCAUCACCACCUCCAUCACCACCAUCAUCACCACCUCCAUCAUCAUACUAUCACUGUGUAAAAGCCCUCCCAUCUACACAGGCAGCCUGUGUGGGAUGUCACAUCUGUUCUGGAGAUUUCAUGUGUGUGUGGGGUGCAUCUAUGUGUAUGAUGGAAUGAUUGUUGUGGGUUGGGUGGGGGAGGCUAUUUAA